UUUUUUCCUCUUUUUUCGUGUUUUUGAUUUUGAUUUUGUUUUCAGCUGCAGAGAAACUUUAAUCCAGAUUCCAUACACCAAUAUGGUCCCAUAUGCAAUUCAAAAUGGCAUUUAAUUGGGUACUACAUGCAGUUUUUUUACUACCUCUCUUGGCAGUGGCAUCUGCCUUCUCUGGGGUGUUCAACACCACAGACAGAGACAUGUUCACUGAUGACCUGCUGCAGGUCACGCUGACACAAGACCGAGCGUCGGAGCAGUGGAAACUCCACUCUGUCGUCGACUCGCACCCAAACCUGUACUUUAACCAGGCAGACGUGCCACACUUGAGGCAGCGAUCCACCACCACCCACAGUCACAUAUUUAAAGUCAUCAGGGCGGCCGUGCUCACCAUGCUGGCUAAUGUUCCCUUUUACAUACCACCCGUGAAACAUGAGGAGUUUACAAGCAAAUGGAACGAGAUUUAUGGGAACAAUCUGCCUCCGCUGGCCCUCUACUGCCUGCUGUGCCCCGAGGACUCGGCUGCUCUGCAGUUUCUUAUCAGAUUUAUGGACAGGAUGGCAGACUAUCCCGACUGGAAGGUGACCAGUGCGCCCAACGACGAGGUACCCAUGGCACACUCUCUCACAGGGUUUGCCACUGCCUAUGACUUCAUUUAUUCCCAGCUGGAUGAGCGCAGACGGAGUUUCUACCUUAAGAAAAUACGCUCGGAGACAGUGGAACUUUAUGAGCUGUCAAAGUACAGAGGCUGGGGUAAACAGUACCUCCAGAAUCACCAGACCACAAACAUACUAGCCAUUCUCACCGGUGCGAUAGUAGUCGGCUCGCAUGACGACCCAGAGUCCAUGCUGUGGAAACAAGUGGCGGUGAACUACAUGGAGAAAACCAUGUUUCUCCUAAAUCACAUAGUCGAUGGCUCCCUGGAUGAAGGAGUAGCAUACGGGAGCUACACAGCUAAGUCCAUCACGCAGUACGUCUUCUUAGCGCAGCGCCACUUUAGCAUUGACAACACGCAGAACAACUGGCUGCAGGGACACUUCUGGUUUUACUACGCCACGCUGCUGCCAGGCUUCCAGAGAACAGUUGGCAUCGCAGACUCCAACUACAACUGGUUCUAUGGUCCGGAGAGUCAGCUGGUCUUCCUCGACACAUUUGUCAUCAGGAACGGGACCGGAAACUGGCUGGCUCAGCAGAUUAGGAAACACCGACCCAAGGAUGGUCCCAUGGGGCAGUCGUCAGCCCAGCGCUGGGCCACACUUCACACAGAAUACAUCUGGUUCAACCCUCACCUCACACCGCAGCCUCCACAUGAUUUUGGCAGGGCGAGGAUGCACAUUUUCUCUAACUGGGGCGUGGUAACGUAUGGGGCAGGACUUCCCAACGGCCAGGGUAAUACUUUUGUCUCCUUUAAGUCCAGCAGGCUGGGUGGCCGUGCUGUUUAUGAUAUAGUCCAUGACAAGCCUUACUCCUGGGUGGACGGCUGGAACAGUUUUAACCCUGGCCACGAGCACCCAGACCAAAACUCCUUUACGUUUGCCCCGAAUGGUCAGGUCUUUGUGUCUGAAGCUCUUUACGGGCCAAAGUACAGUUAUCUUAACAAUGUUUUGGUGUUCAGCCCGUCUCCUACCAGUCAGUGUAACAAUCCCUGGGAGGGUCAGUUAGGGGAGUGUGGGAAGUGGCUGAGGUGGACUGACGAAGGUGUAGGUGAUGCUCGAGGGGAGGUGAUUGUCGCCUCCUCACACAGAGACACCAUGUUUGUGAGUGGGGAGGCUGUGUCAGCUUACUCCCCUGCUAUGAGACUAAAGAGUGUGUUCCGGGCGCUGGUGCUGCUCAACUCACAGACUUUACUUGUAGUCGAUCACGUAGAGAAGUCAGAACAGUCUCCCCUGAAAUACUUCAGCACAUUUUUCCACAAUCUGGACAUUGACUUUAAAUAUGUCCCCUUUAGAUUCAUGGACAGGUUUAACGGUGCCAUGAUGGACGUGUGGGACGCUCACUAUAAAAUGUUCUGGUUCGACACGCAGGGUCACAGCCCUGACACGAGAAUCCAGGAGGCAGAGCAGGCUGCAGAGUUUAAAAAGAGGUGGACUCAGUAUGUUAAUGUCACUUUUCCCAUGACGGGCACAGUCAGCAGAGUAGCCUAUGUCCUACAUGGGCCGUACGUCAAAGUGUCCAACUGUAAAUUUAUUGAUAACGGCAAGAACGGGGUGAGACUGUCUUUAAUCAUUAACAACACAGAGAAGAUAGUGUCUAUAGCUACGAACUACAAAGAUAUUGGGGCCAGGUUGAGUUAUUUAGGAUUUGGAGGUCACUGUAAAGUUGAAGAUGGAUAUCAAAUCACUCGAUUUGGCCUCGGGACCCAGUUAAUCCCCAAACAAAUCAGCGCUGAUAAUCAGCUGUUUGACUUUGGAUUUGCAGUCAACGUGAUAGCGGGCGUUGUUCUCUGUGUGGCCAUUGGUUUUCUGACCAUGCAGAGAAAGUUUUAUGUGUGUUUCAGCAGAUUUAUGCGUUACGCCCUGCUCUCUGUGCUCAUCCUGUGGAUCGCAGAGCUGCUCUUUGUCUCCAACAGCUGCGAUCAGCUCCUCUGUGGGGUGAAAUGGAAAGGCGCUGGUGCCAGAAGUGAAGUAAAUAAACAGAUCAGACUGUACGAGCAGCACCGGCUCCCGCUCCCUACUGUUGUCAUCACCACCCUUCCUGGUUCGGGGUCAGAAAUACUCAAACAUCUUUUCUACAACAACUCUGAUUUUCUUUACAUCAGGGUUCCCACCGAACACGUAGACAUUCCCGAAACUGAGUUUGAGUUUGACUCCCUUGUCGAUGCCUGUGAGUGGUCGAGGUUGGACGCCGUGAAUGGACGGUUUAAGAUCAUCCAGGGCUGGCUUCACUCCCUGGUGCACAACGUGAAGCUGCACUUGCAGAAUAUUCAGCUGGUGGAGAGCAGUAGGGUUAAACAGCCCCAGAGAGUUACCACCUCCAGGGACCGCAAGAAAAGGUCCCGGAGAAGGGAGCAGACGUCUGAGCUGAAGGGCAAACUCAGAGCUAGCCUGGACAGAGACGCAGAGUACGUCAGGGAGAUGAGACACCACAUUGCCCAGUAUCCUGACGCACGAGUUGUCCUCAGCAUGAGAAGUGGAAGCUGGGCAAUCAAACUGCCUUUCAUUCAGGAGGUGGUGGGAACCUCUCUGAGAUCCAUCUACCUGGUCAGAGACCCCCGUGCGUGGAUUUAUCUCAUGCUUUACAACAGCAAACCCAGCCUUUAUUCCCUCAAAAACAUCCCUCAGCACCUUUCCUUGAUAUUCAAGGAGGACACCGUCAAGGAUGGUUGCCCCAGUGUUGCACCAGAGUUUAAAAUCAUCCAAAGACUCCUGUCUCGUUCAGAGACGAACCCUGUCCUGAUCUUGGCUCACCUGUGGCUAGCUCACACCGCAGCAGUGCUGAGGGUCAGUGAGAGCCUUCCUGAGGAGUCCUACCUUCAAGUCAGGUUUGAGGACGUGGUCAACUUCCCGCAGGAGACAGCAGAGACCAUACAUGAGUUUCUGGGGGUGCCUGUCUCCCCCGCCGCCCUCAACCAGCUCAUUUUCACCACCUCCACCAACCUGUACAAUCUGAUGUAUGAAGGAGACAUUUCACCCUCCAACAUCAACAUGUGGAGACGGAAUAUGCCUCGGAGAGACAUCAGACUGAUCGAGGACGUGUGUCUGAGUGUGAUGAAAAGGCUGGGUUACGUCAGAUUUGGUAGUUAACUCACUGCUGCUGGUCAGCUUGUUUACUGUAGCUGCCAUCGUGGUUUUUUUUUCUUCUUCUGUUGUUUGCACUGAAUUUAAUUUUUUUAAGUUGAGGAAAGACUGGCAACAAAUUUUUAUGUUUAUGUUUGAAGAAGCCUGGACAGAGACCAGACGUGGUCUGUUGGGAAAUGUUUCCUAACAUCCGGUGUUUUUAAAAACAAGGCUCUUUCUCAUUGAAUUUAUAACCUCAGCACUCAUUUUCUGAAAGAUCUUACUGCCUAAUUCAAUAUGUUUGGGUCUUUUACAGAAAGCAGUUGGUGAAUGUAGAUGUUAUUUGGAGUAAAUAGAUAACUGGCAAUGGGGGGGUUGUGGUACAAGUGACAGUUUUCAUGCAAAUAUGUAGGUCGGGGCCCACAUACAGUUCACAGAAGAUAUCGUUACGGUCGUGAUAUAAUCUCUUACUGGUCAUUGUUUUUAAGCUCCAAUUUUAAGAUUAUUUUAAACAAAACAUUGUAGCCUGUCAAUCACCUGCAGUACCCACUUACUGUCUAUUUACCUUAAAAUUUAAAUUCAAAUAUUAUAAAAAUAAUACAGAUUAUAAAUCAAAAGUAAACCUAGAAAUAGCUCAAAGUUACACGGCCAAAGUUUUUAGGCCAGAGGUCGCAAGUGGCCCUGGCUAAGUGUCAAUGGGAGUGCCUACAAAGCAGCAACACUCCUAAAAGUUAGCUCCUACUUAAUCUCGCCAAGUGCCGAUUCCAGUCCUCGAACCAGAGUUUGGACACCACUGGUACACAGUGUAUGAGGUGUUUGGUUUUGUGUUAGUUUGAGAGGCUUUGCUGUGAGGUGUUUGUGUUAUAAUAAUAAUGUAGGGUGAAAAGAGCUUUUUAAAAAUUCAAGUUUUUUUCUUCUUUGUCUGGCAGUAAAUUCAAAGCUGUUCUGUUAAGAGCCACUUUAGACCCUUUACUUUAGAAGGAUGUCACUGAGUUUUAGCUUGAGUUUCACCUUGUUGCAGCAUGGACUUCACUCAGUGAAGGUUAUUUACUGCUUAGUGUCUUAGUCAAAGAUAAAAAGCCGGAGUUUUUUUUUUCUUCUUUUUUUUUCUCAGCCUUUUUGUUUUUCUUUCUGCCCUCCUUCGCUGAUCUGUGGCGUUUGAAGAAUCUAUAUCCCUUUUCCACAGAGCUCAUUAGGAAAUACGACGUGUAUUUAUUGACAGUCUGAGUUUUUGUCGGAGAAUUACGGAGGUUAAUCCGCUGCCAGGAACCUUCGCUAUAUGAACUUAUUCCUUUAAGAAACUGUAAAUAACUGCUGCAGUGUGUGGAGACGCACCGCCAUGACAGUCACUGUUUAUUAACGCUGUGAUAAAGGCUUAGUAUUUCAUCUUCAUUACAGCGGGAGAGGGAUUUGUUACUUUAAAAGAUGUUAUGUUUGAACUCAAAGAUGUCACAGCAGCUCAGUGGUGUUAGCGUUUUUCUGUUGAGUGUAUGUGGGAUAUUUUUCUCCAACUCACUAAAACUUUGUUUAUUAGCUCUGAAACCUCCCAAAGUACUGGGGAACAGAGGAUUUGAAGUUUUUUUUUUUGUAAUCAGCUCCCAUAAACACACUUCACAGGAAAAGGGUAAGGACACAGAAAAAAUAGUAAAAACAAUAAUGCUGACUCUGAAGCUAGAAUUCACACAACGCAUUCAAAUGUUUACUAUAAAAGAGUUAUAUGUUUAUAUUUUAGUCUGAGUUUGAAAGUAAUAUUUUCUAAGAAAGAGAAUAGCAUUCAGAGAAAAGUUCAACUUUUGACCUAUCUUGGCUAGUCAGGAUCCAGAUUCACAAUUCUUGUCAAAAAGAAAUUCAAUUUCAGAAAAAAAAGUGAGUAAUUUUAGAAAGAAAAAUCUCAGAUUCUUCUCUUCCAUCUCAAUAUUUUGAGAAAACUGUCUUAAAAAUUGAGAAAAUAAAUGUACAAUAUAUUUUUCCACAGGGAAACAAAUCAGACCUGUGUGAAUCAUAUCAGAAUAUUGUGUAAAAUAAAAAUAAAAAUUUC